AUGCUCGCCUCAAGCAGGUUGACAGCCUCUGUCGCCCGCAUGGGCUUGAAGCAGCCUGUCCGUCUGAUGUCGACGAUGCACAGUCAGGCUCGCGUUCCCAGCUCCAUCAUCUCGGCCGCACGCCAGCCUGCUGCUCGUCAUGGUCUCGUCCUUAAUGGCGCCCGUAACACCUUUGGCUCCACCAUAAUCCGCAAUGCUAUGCAGUCGCGGGGAGUCGUCGUCGAGUCCACUGCCGCCGCCCUCAUCACCGCCGCCAAGGUGCAUGGUGCUGGUGCUGCCACUAUCGGUCUCGCUGGUGCCGGUGUCGGCAUUGGCACUGUCUUCGGUGCUCUCAUCAAUGGUGUCGCCCGCAACCCGGCCCUCCGAGGUCAGCUCUUCUCUUACGCCGUCCUGGGUUUCGCCUUCGCGGAAGCUACUGGCCUGUUCGCCCUGAUGGUUGCCUUCCUCCUUCUCUACGCCUACUAG